AUGUCUCUUUUAAAAUUAACGUCUUAUGACCAAGCAAAAGCUGCUAUGGCUGGAGGAACUACUUCUCAGUCAGCAGCAUCAUCGAGACGUAAUAGUGCGUGGAGUGCAGAUGAUACUCCACCUGACUCAUUACCACGAUCAGCUUAUUACAUUGUUAUUGUUGAAGGAUGUGAACGUUUUACAUUUGCUGGUCUUCGUGUAAUAUUACUUUUAUAUUUUAUGCAUUAUUUUAAUACCGAUCAUAAUACUGCAACAUCUUAUUAUCAUUUAUUUUCAUUUACAUAUCAUUUUACACCUAUUUUUGGAGCUAUUCUAUCCGAUGGUUAUAUUGGUCGUUAUUAUACUAUAUUAAUUCUUUCAUUUGUUUAUUUUAUUGGAACAGUUAUGUUAUCAAUUACGGCAAUACCAGAUAUAGGCCAUAAACGUUUAUGGGGACCAAUUCUUGGCUUAUUAUUUAUUGCUCUAGGAACGGGUGGUAUUAAACCAUGUGUAAAUGCAUUUGGUGCUGAUCAAAUACCUUCACCAAAUACUGAACAAUUAACUAAAUUGUUUAGUUUCUAUUAUUUUGCAGUUAAUUUUGGUGCAUUAAUAUCAACAAUUAUAGUACCUUUAGUUCGAAGUGACGUUCAAUGUUUUGGUUAUGAUUGUUAUUCAUUGGCUUUUGCUAUUCCAGCAGCUUUAAUGUUAUUUUCUAUAGUAAUAUUUAUUAUUGGUACACCAUUGUAUAAACGAAUUCCACCUAAGGAAAAUAUGAUUGCAAAAUUUACAGCUGUUAUAUGGAGAACAAUAAGAAAUGGAGUAUGUAGACCAAAAUCAGAACGUAAAGAACAUUGGCUUGAUUAUGCUGACGAUAAGCAUAUUGAUAAAGAUAUUCAAGAUGUUCGUUCCGUAUUCCGUGUUUCUGCAUUAUUUUUACCACUUGUCGCAUAUCAUGCUUUACAUAGUCAAAAAGGAUCACGUUGGACGUAUCAAGCAACGUUAAUGGAUGGUAGUAUAGGACCAUUUGGUAAAAUUCAACCUGAUCAAAUGCAAGUCUUGAAUUAUAUACUUAUACUUCUUUUUAUUCCAUUAUUUGAACGAAUUAUUUAUCCAGCUGCUGCUCGAUUUAAUUGGCUAACUGAACCAUUACAACGAAUAUAUGUUGGUUUAAUUCUUACUGUAGUUUCUUUUAUCGUUGCAGCGAUGCUACAAAAUACAAUUAUGUCAAAAGCAGAUGCAGUUCCUGUUCGUAAUUUUAUGCAUAUUUAUAAUGGUUAUCAUUGUCCACUUUUUGUUAGUCCUGGAGAAGCACUUCAGCCUGGUCAAACUAUGAUGUAUCCAUGUAAAGAUUUACUCGAUCAAGAUGUACUUUUUGUGUCAGUAUGUGAUAUAAAAAAUGUUGGUUAUAAAUUACCCGGAGAUAAAAUUUGUCCAUCAGUUUUGGUUGUAUCUAAAAAUAAUACUGCAUUAAAUGGUACAGGCAUAGAACUUAUAACACUAACGAAUCCAUUUACAAGUGUUCGAGGUGUAAGAGAAUAUGCUUUAUUACGUCUUGUCUCUGUCGAUAGUGUUUUAAACACGACAGUAAAAUUAACACCAAAUGAAUAUUCAUAUAACAUAACCGAUAAUUUAGUACCAACUGCAUAUCAAUCUGUAUUAGGAACAAGCUAUCGUGUCAAAAAUAAAAUCAAUGAUAAAGAAUCAACUAAUUCUUUUAAUGUUCAUCUUUCAGGUGUUUAUACAGUACUUCUUGUGAAUACAACAAAACAACAGUUACGUGCAGUUCUUAUCGAAGAUGUUCCACCGUUUACCGUUCAUAUGUUCUGGCAAAUAUUUCAAUAUAUUAUUUUAACAUGUGCAGAAAUUUUAGUUGCAAUAACUGUUCUUAUCUUUGCUUAUUCUGAAGCGCCGAGACGUUAUAAAGUUGUUAUUUUAUCAUUUUGGUUAAUAAGUUCAUCCUUAGGUGAUCUGUUGGUAAUUGCAGUUACUGAAAGUCAUAUAACUUCAAAUCAAACAACAGAAUUUUUAUUAUUUGCUUUAAUAAUGGCGUUUGCAACGUUUAUUUUUGGUGCUAUGGCUGUUCAUUAUAAACAACGUCCUCUAAGGUUUGAAUCUCUUGACGAUCUAACUGAAGAACAACAUUUACUUGACAAGAAACCUAUGUCACAUUAA